UAUAGCGAUGAGAAGAGCAGUAUGGGUCGUACUGAGGGCCACUCAGCAGGCGCAGGGAUGUCAGGGGCAGCUGCUGCUGUACAAGAUAGUGAAUGUCCAUAACAAUACUGCCCAGCCUCCCUCUGUAUGUCUCUCUCUCUCUCUUUUCCUCUGAAAGGUGGUUUACUGGUCUAGCUGCAACAGCAACAACUUGAGACCGCAAAAAAAAAAAAAAAUCUCUCUCUGUAUCUUUUUCAUUUUUGCCUGUGUAUUUGAAAAAGAAUAUCAUCAAAAUUAGAAAGGAAAUACUUGCUUACCACAAAUUUACAUCUAAAGGUAAUGCUUUCUCUUGUUUAAAUGGGACAUUGUCUAAACUUUGUUUUUAGACCCAUGGAUUAUUAUUGCAUGUCAUCUAUCUAUCCAUCCAUCCAUCCAUCCGUGUUUGUUUCUGUUAGGCAAUAUGUGUACAUUACAACUGUCUUAAGAAGUGUAUGUUUCCAGCAAAUGUUUACAUGUAUGCCGUUAUGGACUAAAUAUGAUUCUGAGAGAAGAUUGAGACUACAUUUGUCUUCGAUGAAAACAGUGUGUGUGGACUGUGAAGCAGAGACAUGAGUAUAGAUGAAGACACUCGUUGGCUGGAAUGGGUCACCAAGCAGUUUGAGAGCAUUGCAGGAGAUGAUAAAGAAAUCGACUUGGAUGAGUUUAAAACCGCUCUGAAAGUAAAAGAGUCAUUUUUUGCGGAGAGGUUUUUCGCCUUGUUUGACUCUGAUGGCAGCGGCUCCAUCAGUCUGGAUGAACUUCUCGAGGCUUUAGAUCUUCUGAUCCAUGGCAGUGAGACGGACAAACUACGUUUCCUCUUCCAGGUCUACGAUGUGGAUGGAAGUGGUUCCAUAGACCCAGAUGAGUUACGUACGGUUCUGAAAUCCUGUCUGCGUGAGAGUGCGAUCUCGCUCCCCGAGGAAAAGCUGGAUGACCUGACGCUGGCGCUGUUCGAAUCUGCCGAUCAAGAUAACAGUGGCUCCAUCACGUUUGAAGAGCUGAAGGCGGAGCUGGAGAACUUUCCUGAAGUUAUGGAGAACCUCACCAUCAGUGCCGCCAACUGGCUGAAACCUCCUGAUCUGGAGCCGAAAAAACGCAAGACUCCUCGUUACCUGACGCGGUCGUACUGGCACAACAACAGCCGCAAGCUGCUCUUCCUCUGCAUGUACUCUCUUCUGAACGUGCUCCUCUUCAUCAUCGCUAUGCUGAAGAACAAACAUGGAGGCCCCUGGUUCAUGGUGGCCAGAGGCUGCGGCCAGUGUCUCAACCUCAACUGCACUUUUGUUAUGGUGCUGAUGUUGAGGCGUUGUCUGACGUGGCUACGUGCCACCUGGUUGGUAAGGGUCUUCCCUUUGGACCAGAACAUUCUACUGCAUCAGAUCGUGGGCUACGCUAUCUUGAUCUUCAGCAUUGUGCACACUGGCGCUCACGUCAUGAACUUUGCCCGAAUGUCUCAGAAUGAUGGCAUGUACCAGCUGUGGGAGUAUCUUUUCACCGUCCGUCCCGGGAUUGGCUGGGUCGAUGGCACCGCCUCCAUCACGGGCGUAGUUCUGCAGGUUCUCAUCUGCUUGAUGGUGGUGUGCUCCAGCACGUUCGUCAGACGCAGUGGUCAUUUUGAGGUGUUCUACUGGUCUCAUCUUUCCUACGUCUGGGUUAUGGCCCUGUUGAUCGUCCACUGUGCAAACUUUUGGAAGUGGUUUGUGGCACCGGGACUGAUAUUCCUCAUUGAGAAACUUGUUGGAAUAGCAGUGUCCCGCAUGGGUGGGCUGUACAUAGUUGAAGUCAACUUAUUGCCCUCAAAGGUAACACAUUUGGUGAUCAAGAGGCCUCCAUUCUUUCAAUUUAAACCUGGAGAUUAUGUGUAUAUAAACAUUCCUGUUAUUGCCAAGUAUGAGUGGCAUCCGUUUACCAUCAGCAGCGCUCCUGAGCAGCAAGAUAUGCUGUGGCUCCAUGUUCGUUCCAUGGGCCAGUGGACAAACCGCUUGUAUGAGUAUUUCAGACAGUCGGAGAGUCAAACCGUUAGCAACAAGAGGCUCACCGCCAGCCUGAGGAGCAGACGCCACAAGAGCAGAACGCAGCUUACAGCGAAAUUAAGUGAAAAUCACAGAUAUUGUAACAUUAAGUGCUAUGUGGACGGACCUUUUGGCACCCCAACUCGACAGAUCUUUGCAUCUGAGCAUGCGGUGCUUAUCGGCGCUGGAAUCGGCAUCACUCCCUUUGCAUCCAUUUUACAGAGUAUUAUGUGCCGUUAUCGCAUGAGAAAGCAAAACUGCCCAAACUGUAAUUACUCUUGGUGUGAAACCAUCAAAGACAACGAAAUGAAACUGAGGAAGGUGGACUUCAUUUGGAUCAACCGAGAUCAGAAAUCCUUUGAGUGGUUUGUGAGUCUGCUGACCAAUCUGGAGAUGGACCAGGCAGAUGAGGAGCCAGAGGGCCGUUUUUUGGAGAUGCACAUGUACAUGACUUCAGCCCUCAGUAAGAAUGAUAUGAAGGCCAUAGGUCUGCAGAUGGCUCUGGAUCUGCUGGCCAAGAAAGAGAAGAGAGAUUCCAUCACUGGCCUGCGCACACGUACACAGCCAGGCAGACCAGAUUGGGCCAAGGUUUUCCAGAAAGUGUCUGAAGAGAAAAAAGGAAAGGUUCAUGUUUUUUAUUGUGGUUCUCCUGCUCUUGCCAAACUCAUCAAGGCCCAGUGUGAACAUUUUGGCUUCAGCUUCUACAAGGAACAUUUCUGAAGAAUUUACAAUAUUUUGUUUGCUUGAAAUCCUACAAAUGAUAACAUAAUCAUCUGACAAUCUGAUCUUGCCGAUGUGUUUGAUGUUGUACGUUUUGUAAAUUGCAUGUUGUUGUAUGUUUUCAGUUUUACACCUUUAAUGAAAAUGUGCUGUUGUUGUUGUUGUUGUUGUUGUUUUUAAGAAAUGCCUUUUCUGGUUAUUAUGAAUAUGCAUCAUGUAAACAUAUUUUUCUCCAGUAAGAGAAUAGUCACUGCAGUUGGUGUAAUGAAAAAAUUUGUCAUGUAAAUUAUAAUAUGAAUUAAUUUACUCUAGAAUAUACAGUUGGAAAUAUUAGUUGCAUAUAAAUAUAUAUUUUAAGGUGUCCUUGUUACUGUGCAAUUAUACAUUUAAGUACUGAGAAAUAUUAAUUAACUACAUGUACUUAAUAUAUGGUUAGGGUUAUGAUGAGGGCUUGGUUUAGUGAUACUUGCAUGAAAGAAGGCAUAAUUGUGUGUUAUUAUAAUAGUAAGUGCAUGAAGCAUGUAACAAGGACACCUCAAAAUAAAGUUUCCCCCCCCCAAAAAAAAAUAUGACAUAACAGAUGACAUAAACAAUUUACAUUGCCAAGUCAUAAUAAUUUAAAAAUAAUUAUAAAUAUUGCAUAAAAUAUGACCAUAUAUACACUAUAGAAGUAUUAAUAUUUUUAAUUACUUGUAAUUAAUGUAGGCUACUAUUUAUGUCUAAGUGUUCCUGUAGCUCAGUUGGUAGAUUGGUUGGGAUUUCGAUUCCCCGGAAACACAUGAUGGGUAAAAAAAAAUUGAUAGCUUGAAUGCACUGUAAGUCUGCUAAAUGCAUACAUUUAAUUUAAUUUAUGUGUAAGUGUUUUAACUGUGUUUUAACUAUUGUUUUAAAGUGUAAAAAUGUUUGAAAUCGUUAGCGAAUGUAACAAAUAGAAAUAUGUUGAAAAUACCUGUCGCAUUGUGUUUCUUGUUCUGUUUUUAAGAAACUGUAGGAAUUCUCAUCAGAUUUCCUAAAAUAAACAGUAAAACGCAGACAA